CAAUCGGAGUAGAAGGAUUUUUUUUCACUGGCGCUGCCGGGGCGCGCGGGCGGCUUUUGUGUGAGGAGGAAGCGGGCGGUGGUGACCCGGACACACCCGGAAAAAAACUGAAACGUACCGGGGGGGAGGGAGGGGGUAUUUAGUCACCCGGGAGCCGACAUCCGGAAGCCUCCCACGACGCCAGGAGACCCCUCGGCGAUAAAACACCCGUUACUCCCCCCGCGGCGCCCAAAAUUGAGGCCUCGGCCUGGUCAGCGCACACACGACCCCAACCGGGUGCACACCUGCCCGAAACGUCACCGCCAGGAGGUUACAAGUCCAUAGACACCCGAAUAAAAGAACCGUCGCCAUUUUAUGUCGCCCCUACAGACGAGGCUCACCCGAAAAAUAUUAAAAAGAACUGUAUAGACGCCCGGAUUAUUUUUUUCUUCUCAGUAGGAGUGGGGGUGAAGCCCGGAUAUUACGUCAGACGCCCGGUUUUCCUCCCCUCUCCUUACGGUCAUCCGCGGGUUCCUGUCGCUGAGUCCGAGACACCGGGAUCUAGAAUGGAACAAACUGAAGGCCCUAUGAGAGAAAGGGAAAGCUGAUGAUGCCUGAGCACGACAAUGGAUUUCUCCUUCUCUUUCAUGCAAGGGAUCAUGGGAAACACAAUCCAGCAACCCCCUCAACUCAUCGACUCCGCCAACAACCGGCAGGAUGAUGCCAAUAGCAGUGAUCAGGCCGAUGAGGGUGGGCACACACCCUACGAUUCUGGCCUCCAGCCGGACUUCCAGUACCCCACUCCCACCACCGAGGACCUGCCGCCUCUCACCAAUGGCUACCAGUCUUCGCUGGGGUAUGACUCACAGGUCAAAUACGCAACCUACUCUCAGUAUCCCAAUGGUUCAGCCAAUGGGUACGGCAUGAGGAACUACAGCACUCUGGAGUGUUAUCACCACCUGGAAACGGCGGCCAUGCGCCCUCAUGAGGGAGUGUUCAAAUCUUCGCCCCCUCAGCCCACAUCACCACCCAACCUUCUGCAACCACCUCCGUCCUCAACAAUCAUCACCCAAAAGAAGACCGGUUCCCCUGAGAUCAAGUUAAGAAUUACAAAGACUAUUCAGAAUGGACGGGAGAUGUUUGAGUCCUCACUAUGUGGGGAUCUCCUGCUUGAGGCCAGUGAGAUAAAUCGGAAGAAGCAUGAGAGGAGGAGAGAGAGGAAAGAGAAAAGGAAAAAGAGCAGCAGGCAUCAUCAUCACCAUCACCACCACCAUCACCACCACCGGGAAGAGCUGAUAGCAGAGGAGCCACAACCACACGAGAUAUACAAGGUGGAUCCUCCCGAGGAGGAAACUGUUCAGCUCUUGCCCAUCUCCCCGCUCCCCUCUGAGGUCAGGACGGUCGUUUGGUUUCACGUGGGCGAUUUGGUUUGGUCUAAAGUGGGAACGUACCCCUGGUGGCCCUGUAUGGUGUCCUGUGACCCCCAGCUCCAUGUCCACAGCAAGAUCAACACCAGAGGCGCUCGGGAAUACCAUGUACAGUUCUUCAGCAAUGAACCAGAGAGGGCCUGGGUGCAUGAGAAGCGCAUGCGCGAGUAUCGGGGGCAGAAGCAGUACGAGCAGCUGGUGGCUGAAGACUCUGCCAAGGUUGUCAAUCAGUCUGAGAGACUUAAGAUGCGGAAACCUCGCCCCCAGAAGGAGCGCAUCCAGUGGGAGAUCGGCAUCGCUCAUGCAGAAAAAGCCCUGCGGAUGAGUCGGGAGGAGAGGAUAGAACAGUACACCUUCAUCUAUGUAGACCCAGAGACCUUACCCGAACCUAAAAAAGCAACCAGUAACAAAAGGAGUCGGAGGUCCACCUCUAGUAAUGAUACCGAACCUGUCUGUCCUAAAGAAGUCUCCUCCCCUGCUUCAAAGCAUUCUGCCCCUUUACCUUCUCCUUCACCCAAGGACAAUAAUGACUCUAUACCUGUACCUUUACCUGUACCUGAAACUCGGAGGCAAAGCCAGAGGAAACAGGCUCAGGAAGAGGAGCCAACGCCGCCCCAGCCCCCUCCAGCAAAGAUACCGUGGAAGACGGCAGCCGCCCGCAAGUCGCUUCCUGCCUCAGUUCUACUACACAAGGGCACCAUUGACCUUCAGAAGUGCAACAUGUCACCUGUGGUGAAAAUCGAAAAUGUCCUUGCCCUCCAUAAUGCAUCUUCUGAUGGUUUCGAACAGUUCAUAUACACAACCAAGGGAGUCGGUAACAAGCCGGAAAUCACAGUCAAAGCUCCAGAAAAGACAUCUGUACCCUCCCCCAAUUUGAAGAUGGAGAAACUGUCAGCACAACACACGCCUGCUCCCGAAACCUCAUCGGGGGUCACAGGAACCUCCGAGAAGAAACACCAGAGAAGGUCCAAUCGGACUCGUUCAGAAUCUGAGAAGUCCUUGGACUCCGUGCCAAAGAAGAAGGUGAAAAAAGAGCAGGUUGAUGUCACCCCAUUAACAGCGGUGCAGACUGGAUUGCAGAAGGGGGCCAGUGAGAUAUCAGAUGCAUGCAAGCCCUUGAAGAAGAGAAGCCGGGCCUCUACUGAUGUGGAACUUGCCAACUCCUCCUACCGGGACGCUUCUGACUCUGACUCCCGUGGCCUGAACGAUGCACAGAUUAGCUUUGAGAAGCAAGUGGACAGUCCGUCAGCCGCUGGUGAUGCGGACGCUUCUGAUGUCCAGUCUGUAGAUUCCAGUGUUUCUCGGCGGUCAGGCAAGAGAGACACUGUGUGUCAGAUCUGUGAAAAUUUUGGUGAGUCGCUGGUGUCCUGUUAUGGUGAUUGCUCUCGACUCUUCCAUCUUGAAUGUCUUGGCAUGGAUACACUACCGGAAGGAAAAUUUGUCUGCAUGGAGUGUAGAACUGGCAACCAAACCUGCUUCUCCUGCAAAAUAUCCAACACCAAUAUAAAGCGCUGCUCUGUCCCUUCCUGUGGCAAAUUCUACCACGAAGCCUGUGUGCGGCAAUAUUCAGCCGCCGUCUCAGAUUCCAGGGGCUUCCGGUGUCCUCACCACUGCUGUAGCUCUUGCACUGCUGAAAAGGACAUGUACAGAGCUUGCAAAGGACGCAUGUUGCGCUGCAUGCGAUGCCCUGUGGCGUAUCACAGUGGGGACAGCUGUGUGGCUGCGGGCAGCCUUAUCCUGUCUUCAAGCCUCAUGAUUUGCAGCAACCAUUCCAAACGCAGCAGUCAUUCGUCCUCCGCAGUCAAUGUGAGCUUCUGCUUUGUGUGCGCGCGAGGGCUGAUAGUUCAGGAUUAUACCCUGGUCAGUUCUAUGUCCUUUAAGUCCCACUAUCUACUGAAUGACUCAAAGCGUGCAGAGUUGAUGAAAAUACCUAUGAUUCCUUCUUCCUCGCCAGCUUUCCUAAAGAAAUCUGAGAAAGGAGGCGGCAAACUCCUGUGCUGUGAUUCAUGUCCAGCCGCCUUUCACCCCUCCUGCCUCAGCAUAGAGAUGCCACAAGGGUCCUGGAGCUGCAACGACUGCAGGACCGGAAAGAAGCUGCACUACAAGCAGAUCGUAUGGGUUAAGCUAGGGAACUACAGAUGGUGGCCUGCGGAGAUCUGCAAUCCAAGGUCUGUCCCAUUUAAUAUCCAGGAACUGAAACAUGACAUCGGAGACUUUCCGGUUUUCUUCUUCGGCUCGCAUGAUUACUACUGGGUGCACCGGGGUCGUGUUUUUCCUUACGUAGAAGGGGAUAAAAGUUUUGCUGAGGGCCAGACCAGUGUUAAUAAAACUUUCAAGAAAGCUCUUGAAGAAGCUGCUAAAAGAUUCCAGGAGUUGAAGGCACAGCGAGAGAGUAAGGAAGCUCUGGAGAUAGAGCGCAACUCCAGAAAACCUCCUGCUUACAAGCACAUAAAGGCCAAUAAACCUGUGGGCAAAGUUCAGAUCCAGGUGGCGGAUGUCUCUGAAAUACCUCGUUGUAAUUGUCGUCCCACUGAUGAAGCCCCUUGUGGCCUGGACUCCCAGUGCCUGAACCGCAUGUUGCUGUACGAGUGUCACCCUCAGGUGUGCCCUGCUGGUGAAUACUGUCAAAAUCAGAGCUUUACCAAACGGCUCUACCCAGAGACUGAGAUCUUCCGUACAGACAGAAGAGGCUGGGGUCUAAGGUGCAAAAGAGAUAUCCGCAAGGGCGAAUUUGUCAACGAGUACGUUGGGGAGCUGAUCGAUGAAGAGGAGUGCAGACUACGACUGAAACGAUCCCAUGAGAACGGUGUCACCAACUUCUACUUGUUGACGGUCACAAAGGAUCGCAUCAUAGAUGCCGGCCCUAAAGGGAACUACUCGCGAUUCAUGAACCAUAGCUGUAACCCAAACUGUGAAACACAGAAGUGGACGGUAAAUGGGGAUUUCAGAGUUGGGCUGUUUGCCCUCUGUGACAUACCUCAAGGAGCGGAGUUAACAUUUAACUACAACCUUGACUGCCUGGGGAAUGGCCGGACAGAAUGUCAUUGUGGGGCGGAUAACUGCAGUGGCUUCCUGGGGGUACGACCUAAAACAGCUUGUGCGACAGCAAAUGAAGAAAAGGCCAAAAACGCUCGUCUGAAGGCCAAAAAGAGGAAGAUCAAAACGGAGCAGAAGCAGAUGCAUGAAGAUUUCUGUUUCCGCUGUGGAGAUGGGGGAGAACUGGUGAUGUGUGAUAAGAGAGACUGUCCGAAAGCGUAUCACCUCCUCUGCCUUAACCUGACGCAGCCUCCUUAUGGAAAAUGGGAUUGCCCGUGGCACCAAUGUGACCAGUGCGGAGCCGCUGCUUCAUCCUUCUGUGACUUCUGUCCGUCGUCUUUCUGCAGAGAGCAUGAGAAAGGAGCGCUGACCGCCUCAGCCCAGGACGGGAGACUGUACUGCUCGGAGCAUGACCCCAAGCACUUGCUGCCCUAUGGAAAGGAGAAGAAAUUUAAAUGUAAAACUGAGAGCGAGGGCUCUUCCUUCCCAUCCAAGUUUUAAAGGAGACAAUGCACUUAGAACAGAAGACUAGUCCUGUCAGUACCACGUACGCCCCCCGCUCCUCCUCUUCCUCAGUGUGUAGUGGGGGGCUUGUAACGCACACAUCAAAGUGUUUUAACGCCAGGAUUAGAUUGUACUUGUCCUUUUAGUGUCAUUUUGUUGUUCCUGGAAACUUCUUCUACGUUUUCUUUUUUAAUAGUGAAUCCAGUCCUCCCUCUCUCCUCCACCUUUGUGGUAAGCAAAGUUGUAUUUAUUCUAUUUAUUAUAAUUUUUUUUUUUAUAAUUAUUACUGUUGAAUUUGGGAUUGUGAAUGAAACGCAGCUCCGGGGCAAAGUGGUUUCAUGGAAGCGCUGAAGAAACGGCAACUUUGCAGCUCUGACGUGUUAGCGGACAGAUGGAAAUUCAGCAUUAUUCCUGGAUAUCUCCUGGAGUAUUCCUUCAGUCGAUUUUGGUAGGAUUCAAUGGCAGCUGUUCUCUUUAAAGGACGUAUGUUGAAAUUUGACAAAUGGUUAACUCCUUGUGCAGAUUUUUUUAAUUUUUUUUUCGAAUUCAAGAGGAAACGUACAACUCCUUUUCCUCCUUGCAACAUAAGGUGCAUCCAAUCUCUAUUAUACUGUUCUGUGGCGCCUCAAGGGGAACAUAUAGCGUCUACCACAUGCCAUGUAUAUAUCAUACCUCCUGGAAAACCAAGGAGCAUGGACAAAAAAAAAAAAAAGACAACAGUGUCAUCUUUCUGUCUCUAAAAUAUGGUGGAUUGAAACAAACUGUUUGCCUGUCUUGUGAAUCAGCAAACCCCUCUGUCCUGAAUAACCAUUAGUUUUUUCCCGUCAAAUUUGAAGGUUUCUAACAGGAUGCAGUGUGUCGACCAAGGAUACCCAUAAAUAAGGGAAUUUCAUCUGCCUCCUGCCAUGCUAUCCUAGACAGAUGCCGACUAUGCCUGCAAAGAGACAUGUUAGAAGUUCUGUCGCUCACUAUAUGCAGUCACGUUUAAGCCACUUUCACCGGGAACCUGACUGUAUUUGCUUUACAACACUCUAUGUACAUGUAGAAAGCAGCGAAUAAAGAAACGGUUAUCUCGGCCCCCAACCUAAGAUAUGAUGUCCUUUCCUGAAAGAGUACAUAAUGAUGGGAGAGUUAACAAAAACUGGAGAAAAGGUCUGAUUGGUUGUCACCUGGUGAACAUUGAUGAGUUUUUAUACGGGACCGCACACGGAUGGAGUCCGUGUGCGUUCUUUUUUCCCGAAGACCCAUUCAUUGGAAUGAAUGAGUCUUGAGAGAAAAACAGACGUAGAAACACUCUGGGAUAAUUGUUCCCCAUGGAAUGAGGAACGUCUACCCAGUCAGUGUUCAGUCCGCGUGCUGUCCGUUCUAAACAUGGACAGCACUUGGAUGGAAAUAUUGUCCAUCUGAAUCCUGCCGAAGCAAACAGAGAGCUGGGCUUUGAACCCCCAUCUUUUGUUUUCCUGCUAUUCUAUAAAGUACAUAAAGUGUGUAUAGUAAAUCAAUUAUAGCCAGGAUUUUGGUGCGGCCUAUAAUUUAAGCCGUUUCUGUUAUAAAGAUGUACCUAGUUACUCCACCACCUUCCAUGCCAUAGUAAAGGGGUUGUCCAGCCUGGAACAUUUUGAAGUCAUAAUCACCUCACCGAUCCCUUGAUCCACCUCUUCUGAAACUUACUGGGUUCUCCGCCAGCCUUUUUCUUUGUCCCUCUCGGCAUUGGAAGUGACCACCCAGCCAGUCGAUGACCGCAGCACUGCUUCACCUCAGCCAGUCAUUUCUGUGUAUCGAGAGGCACCAGGAAGGAGAGACAAGUGUAGGAACUGGGAAACAUUGGAACAGAAGCAGCAGAGUGUGGUGAGAAGGACUUGGGUAUUUUAUGCUGGACAACCUCUUUAAAGUGUCACUGAGUUUUCAGAAAAGUUUUGACAUGUCAUAGGAACAUAUCAAAGGUCUUAAAGCGAGUCUGUCACCUCCAUAUGGCCAUAUACAGCGCUUCCAUGGCUCUGUAGCACACCUAUACAG